CGCUGGGCUGGCAUUAGCGCCUUCUCUUACCUCAGAGUGGAAAAUUACUCUUUUUUAGUCUUUAACUUUAUACAGAGAGUUAUAUUUCAUCCUGAUAUUGCAUUUCCCUGCAUGGGAGACGUCACAGCUUCAAAAAUGAGCAGUUUGCGGGCGUGUAAGGAACCAUGUGACAGAACCAGCUCUGAACCUGUGGAGGACACAGACACCACAAGCUUUGUGGCAGAAUUUUCCUUGGAGGCCAAUUAUCCAGUGCAAGUGACAGAUCCUCAUGCAGAUGCUGUGACACUGCACCUGAGCUCCAUGCCCUCCGGAUACCUGAGUCCCUCCUCAGACAGAAUAAGACAGCCAGUUGAAGAUGUUGAAGAAUGCACCUGCCCAGCAUCUACUUCACCAGACUACCCCAAAGAACUGCAGUUACUAAACAGCCCCUGUGAAAAGUGCUGCUGCCCAGCACCUCCUCCCAAGAUCAGUGACCUCAUGAAUGACAAAGAUCUACUGGACUUACUGCGGCUGAAACUGGAUCCAAACCACUGCACCAUCAAAAACUGGAAGAACUUUGCAAGUCGUUGGGGGAUGAGCUAUGAUGAACUGACCCUGCUAGAGCACCGGACCCAGGGGUCCUUAUCCCACAGCCCCACCCAAGAGUUCCUGCUGCGCUACAACCAGAAAACGGUCACUGAGCUCACUGAACUUUGCCGCAUCUACCAGCGCAUUGAUGUACUGAGACUGCUGCAGAGCUGGAUAGAGAAGGACUGGCCAUCACAGUGGCAACAGACUCAUUAACCAUUUUGACUCUCUGUAUAUUUAUCCUGUCUCGUUUUUUUUUUUUCUGUCAGGGUUAUACUUAUUAGGAAUUUCUUCUUCCUCAUGAGCUUGGCUACAUAUUACCACAUUUUUUUAGUAACUUUAGCAAGUACUUAAGCAAGUGGUCUUAAAAAAGUAAAACAUUAACCAUCAAAUGGAAACUUCCAAUAAGAUACUGUGCUUCAGGUAGAACAGUAUCUUACAGACAGUAUAGCACUUACACAUAUUUUUAGCCAUUCUACUGACAUGGCUUUAGGGAUGGCAAUGUCAGCCAGUCAGAUCCAGACUGAAAUAUCUCAACAACUAGUGGAUAGACUACCAUGAAAUUUUGUACAUAUAUCCAUGGUGAAUGAAUCCACUGACUUUUGUAAUCCACUGACUUCUCCUCUAGCGCCACCAGCAGGUCUAAAUUUUCAGUUAUCUAAUGAAAUAUUUCAACAUGUAGUUGACACAUUGCUACAAAAUUUGGUACAGAUAUUCAUGGUUCUCACACAAUGUAUCCUAAGGACUCGGAUUAUCCCCUGACUUUUUGUUUAGUAGCACCAUGGGAUUUGAACAAUUUGGAUGGAUUGCUAUGAAAUUUAGUACACACAUUCGUGUCCUCCUCAGGAUGAAUUGUAGUUCCAGAUCCAUCAUCAGGUCAAAUUUUAACUUGUCUAGUACUUUGGUUUAUGACCAAAUACUCAAACCACUGACAUUCCCAUCAUCAGCUGCACUUUGUGUUUAGUGCUGAUUUUCAAAUGUUAGAAUGCUAACACGCUAAACUAAGAUGAUCGUGAACAUAGCCAACAUUAUACCAGCUAAACAUCAUCAGGCUAGCAAUGUCAUAAUGUGCAUGUUACCAUGCUGACAUUAGCCCAUAGCUUAAAGCAGCACUGUGUCUAAAUACAGUCUCCUGGAUGUAAACUUUUAGGGUCCAAUUUUUGUGGUAGCAAGCAACACUCAAAUAGUCUGGUAAUGUCCUGACCAUGAAAUUCAUUUUUUUCGUCUGUGUGGUAAUUUGAUGGGAAGUGAAGUGCAUACGCACCAUAUGCUCUUCACUUCAGGUGGGAGGAGAAGCACAAACAGCUCUGCUAUGUUCAUUCAAUUGAGGCAGCGCAAAGCAAGUUGUUGGUAUUUUGGUGGAAAAUGUGUCUUAGACUUUUUCAAUAAGAAUAGACUUCUCAGAACCACAUCUGUUUCCGACACAUCACUUCAAGUCCAGUCUGGUGAUUUUAUCAACGAGAGCAAACACAGCAAUUACAGAAUAAUGCUUAAAAUGUAAAUCAACCAUUUUUAUGCCUCAGUGGCAUUAUGUUUUCGGGUUGUCCGUCCAUACGAACAUCCAUCCUUCCCAUUUUCGUAACCGUGACGUUUCAAGAAUGCCUUGAGAGAAUUCCUUCAAAUUUGGCACAAACGUUCACCUGGACUCAAAGAUGAACUGAUAGGAUUUUGGAGGUCAAAGGUCACACAUCAAGAUCACUGUGACCUCACAUCCGUCCCAUUCUUGUGAACAUGGUAUAUCAGGAAUGCUUGCGGGGAAAUUCGUUAUGUCUGGCAUAAGCGUCUACUUCGACUAAAGGAUAAACUGAUUAGAAUUUGAUGGUCAAAGGUCAAUGUGACUGUGACUUCAUAAAACAAAUUUUUGACCAUUACUCAGCAAAAGUAGGAUUUCAUGUUUUAUUCUUUGAAAUGCAUUACAGUGCAAAUUUUGUUGUGGUAAAUUUUACAGAAUGAUGUGACCAGUUAUUAUGUCAGAUACAGUAGAAAUAAAACUGAAAUAUUAUUGGAUUGAUGUGAUCAUAGAAUCAGUUUCAUUAACAUUUUGUAUAAUUUAUUUCUAUCAUCAUUGUGAAAG